CUAGGCCGUAGAGACCUGGCCAGAGAGCUUCAUAACAAGCCCACAAAGGCCAACCCCUGCGCACUCAGCCUUGCUAUCACGUGACGCCGACUCGACAACCUUGAAACAACUUCUCUUCUCUUCUCGGAACCAAUAACAUCAACCACUGUACAUCUCACCUUCGGCAAGAUGCAAUCCAACACCUUCGAUGAAAUCCUUGGUCUUGAGGAACAAUUCUAUCAUAAUGGCCUGCAACAAGGAUUGGCAGAUGGAGUCAAAGCAGGUCAGAUUGAGGGUCGAACUUUUGGCCUGGAAAAAGGGUUCGAGAAAUAUAUUGAAAGUGGAAGGUUGUACGGCAAAUCGUUGGUUUGGGCAAAUCGUAUUCCUGCAUCUCAAGGCUCUCUGGCCGCCAAGGAUCGACAGCAGAGAGCAUCCAACACCACAUCAAAGCCUGACGAAGAAAAGAGAAUCAACAAUGUGCUACCUUCACUACCCCAAAAUCAGCGAUUAUUAAAGCACCUGAAGGUACUCCACGCUCUAUCGGAGUCGGAAAGUCUAUCUACCGAGAACACCGAGGAAGCGGUCUCUGACUUCGACGAUCGACUCAAGAGAGCUGAAGGCAAAGCCAAGAUUAUUGAGAGGAUGGUUGGAGAAGGCAGAGAAGAAGUAGAUGGUGGCAUUGAAUUGACCGAUACCCAUCCCAGCAUUGGAAAUGUAUAGUAUCCUGGGAUUGAGGCCUUUGCAGGGAUAUCAACAGCACUUGUGGAGUCAAGAUGACGACCACACUCCCUGGAUUCGAUUUCUCUGGUUCUGCUGAACUGCCGCAAAAUUGCUGUGAUCCAAGGCCCCUCACUGCACGUGUGGUCUCACUACGCUCGGUCCAAGUAUUUGUCACAAUGUGCGUGAUUCUGGUAUCCAGCGCCAUUCCCGUCAAUGUUCCGGUUCUGUAAU